CGGUCAGCCAAUACCCGGCCCAGAUUCUCACUGUUCCCGGGACGUGGUAAAAUUGACUUCAAAAAAAUCUCCUUAGCAAAUAGGUUGUGAUAAAAGUUUGCAUACCGUGGUUAAGUGCGAAUUCUCAUCUGUGUUUAGCGUGUUAGAAAAAGGUUCACUGUACAUUAUGGGACGAAAUGUUCUACUAAGUAGCUUGCAAAACGCGUCCUUCAGUAUCGUGUUUCAGAUCAUAUGCCGGUGCAUUACGUUCGCGAUCAAUGCGUUCAUCGUGCGGAACGUGGGCCGGGAGGUGCUGGGAAUCACCAACGUUAGGUUGUUGCUGCUGGAGAGCACUCUACUGUUUCUUUCGAAAGAAGCGAUCCAACGUUCGGCUCUCAGUUCCCGACACAACAAACAGUGCAGCUGGGCGCAACUUAUAAACCAGCUAUGGAUAACUGUCCCGGUGUGUUUGACGUUGGCCAUCCCUUGUCUGUACGUUUGGCUGCACUGGCUAUCGGCAGUCGAUACGGUUUACGCAGAACAGUAUCGGUUCGGUUGUUUUGCGAUCGCGUUUUCGUGCAUCAUCGAAAUGACGGCGGAAGCGCCCAUAUUCGUCGGGCAGGUGUUUUGUUUCGUCAAACUGAAGGUAAUCCUCGAUACGGGCCACAUCUUCAUUCGCUCGUUCAUCUUCAUCGCCAUCGUGUUGCUGAACAAGGACGUUACGAUCUACGCGUUCGGGAUCGCACAGAUCACCAGCGCCUGUACGAUCAUCGUUGGCAACUACGCGUUUUACUACUUCUACAUACCGCGCUUGAUGCGAUAUCGUGACGAGUUGAAGAAGGUGGACGAUAAAAGAGUGUUGCGCGAGAAGUACGGCCAGCAGUACGAGAAUAUGGAGGAUUUCCCGUUCGUUUCCAUCAGGCAAAUGCUUCCGGGAGUCUUACCGAACCCGAAUUCCAUGUUCAACGCUGAUCUGCAGACGCUGGUGCUGAGCUUCGCCAAGCAAGGAGUUCUGAAGCAGGUGCUGACCGAGGGUGAAAAAUACGUAAUGUCCGUUAGUCCCGUGCUCACGUUUAGUGAGCAGGCCACGUACGAUGUGGUGAACAAUAUGGGCAGCCUAGCGGCACGGUUUAUCUUCCGGCCCAUCGAAGACAGCAGCUACUUUUACUUCACGCAGUCCAUUGCCAGAGAGACGAGUCUCGCCGAGCAGCGGCGGGAUGCGGUACAAGAAGCAGCCGACGUGCUGGCGUACGUAACGAAAACAGUCACUUCGAUCGGUUUGCUGGCCUUUGUGUUUGCGCAAAGCUACGCCGGCACAGUGCUGCUGCUGUACGGUGGGGUAGACUUUGUCGAGGGAGGUUUACCCGAGCUGCUGCUCCGGUGGCACAGUUUAGCCAUCGUGCUGCUGGCUCUGAAUGGCGUCACCGAGGGCUACAUGUUCGCAACCAACACUUCCAAGCAGAUCGACACCUACAACUACUAUAUGGCAUUCUUUUCCGUGACGUUCCUGCUGCUCUCGUACCAGCUGACCAACUGGUUCGGUCCGGUCGGAUUCAUUCUUGCCAACUGCUGCAACAUGAGUUUCCGCAUCGGAUACAGCGUGUUCUACAUCGGCAAACACUUUCGGGCGAUCGGACCAAGCCCGCUGCGCAAGUCGCUUCCUGGGCCGCUGUAUUUAAGCGUGCUGGCGGUGUGCGGCGUGCUUUGCAAAGUAUCGGAAGCUUACUUUAACGGUCGAUCAAUUAUGUGCCAUUUGCUCGUCGGUGCCCUCGGCACGCUCGUCUCCGUCGCUACGUGGACAUUCGAAAAUCGUCAACUUUUGCGUACGGGAUUGGCGCGUUAUCGCUCGCGCAAGCAGAGCAUCACUCCGUGCGACAACCGUUGAUAUGGGGUGCUCCUGACCACUCACGACGCAGCACAAGUGAACCAAAGAGUGUCACAGAGGCCGGAGUUGCCGGCCGAUGGACAAUGUUUUCCUCCCUAUCGCUUGCAUAGUGCACAAACAAUUGCAGUUCCGCUCCUCCUACCGUUUCCAUACCGUCCAAGCACCGUGCAUUGUUGUUUGAAAUAAGAUUUAUUUUUUAUAUCACAUCCCAAUAGAUGGCAUUUGACGGGAGGGCCUAUUUAUCGCGCGUACGACGACGGUUUUGUAUCAGAAUGUGAUAACCAAUUUGGAAAUAAAAUGCACUUGGCCUGCACACUAACUGCUGUUGAUGGCGUUUGGUAAGGCCGGGUAUCCUUCAUUUCCCGGUUGGGCCGAACUGAA